UUUAAGUCAGGUGGGAAGAGAGCCGUACAGCAAGCUCAGACCUUCAUUAUUAUUCCAAGACAGUGCAGUAAGGGUUGGCCACCCAAAGUAGUGUGUUGUGUGUAAGUGAGAAGUCCUGACUGAGUGAUCUUCAACGUGUCAGUAUAAGUGUGAAGGACAGCAGAAUGAGAGCCCCUGUGGCCAUACUGCUGCUGUUGUUGGGAGCAGCGUCUCUCGACGCAACACUUGAAGAAUGUCAAUGUCUGGAGAGAAACACUGGAGGUGACUCUUGCAGUUGCUCGGAGCCGCUUGGAAGAUACAGCAUCGAACCCUCCAUUGCCAUUUACAACCUGUAUAAUAAGAGCGGGACCAUUGUAGCCCCUCCAGAUCCGAAUGGAAACUUUCAUUACUGCAACUACUGCGAGACUCUCUGGAUCCUGGACAUGGGAGAGUCUGACAUUAAGAUCGAGCUCACUAUUGAGAACACUGACCUCGGCUUCCUCACGAACGCCAUCAACAACAAUGACCUGAUGAACAGCACCGACGGCGACUUCCUUCUGAUUGGCACAGGUAGUGACAUCAUGUCAGGGAACGAACUCCUGUUUUACGGUCGUCGGAAACAAGCACAGAAGGUGGUAAUCCCCGGGGGAGUGGCCCAUGUCUUCUUUUACUCCACUGAGAGCGUCUUCGACGCCACCGGCUUCAACAUAACAUACAACUCCACAAAACAAGUGACCACGCAGGCGCCUAUUACAUACCAACGCUUCUUGAAGUCUCGAAAACUAUUGUGGCUAUUAAUGUGGCCAAACUACAACGAUACCUUCAAGAAGAACAUCGCUGCGAUGGCUACGGACUACCUGCACAGUAUGUUCGUAAUCAACAAGGAUAUUGCUGUCACACCUGAGAUGGUAUUCAUCAAUGACAUGAAGACUUGCCAUCCCUUCAACUGCGAUGUCAACUGUGUUGCUUACAACUUCAGUAUGGACGUAUUCGUAAACGACAAUCCAGUCUUUACCAGUAGAAUGCUCAACCAAAUGUUAAGCGACCCUGAGCUACAGUUCUACAUCACCAACAUCACCGGGACCUCAGAGAUCUGUAACGAGCACCCGAAGAUCUCCACGCCUGUGUACAUUGCUGUACCUCUGACUCUGGUAGUCUUAUCUAUCAUUUUGACCUUCGCGGUGUGCUGGUACAGCAAGAAAAGCGUCUUCAAUGAGAGUCACAUAAAAUACGAAAAGGAGCAGCAGGAGCGCAUAGAGGAUGCUCGUUGUCGCUACUCGGACACCGCCUCCAUCUUGGGGCUGGGUCUGGGUGAGCCCUCGGGAGGGUCCGUAAGUUCCAUGCCCUUCUCCAAGCCCACCAGGGACGACGAUGACUUUGAAUACAAGACUGAGGACUUCGAUAUGACCGAAUUCAGAGAAUAUGAUCCAGACAAUGUGGGACUCUACAUGGCUGACAUCCAGCUGGAGAAUGUGCUAGGGACGCAGCAGCCUAUGAGAUCCUACACCAACAAGGCAUUCGUGCCGGAUGAGGAAGACACAUUUUACCAGAAAAAAUCCACUUUCCACAACAUCAGCGACUCUGAGAGCGACGACUCCGAUGACGGUGGUGUCAUUAACCUCCAAGAAAGCACAAGAGACCAGAGGCAGACCCACUUCCUCGUGCCAGCUGAGGUGCAUGUGGGGGAUGAUUCGGGAGAAACAGUGCUAUAGGGAGACUACGUGGGGCAUAAUUGGCUCACCAACUAAUAAAAUCAAAUUGUAUCUUUCCUCUA